ACGGCAGAUUUUCAAAGAUUUCGUACGGAACGGUACGUGAUAUGAACAAGAUAUAGCUAUUCUCAAAAAUCGAAAUACUACUUCCUUCCGGUAAAAAGUGAAAGAAGGAAAAUGCCGAGCAAGAAAAAGAAAUACAAUGCAAGAUUUCCCCCGGCACGAAUUAAGAAGAUUAUGCAGACGGACGAAGAGGUUGGGAAAGUUGCUGCUGCUGUGCCUGUCAUCAUAUCUCGAGCUCUAGAGUUGUUCAUAGACUCUCUGAUUGAAAAAACUGCAUCAGUAACGAGAGCCAAAAAUGCAAAGACACUCUCCUCCUCACAUGUGAAACAAGCUAUACAUUCCGAGAAGACUUUUGAUUUUUUACGAGAACUGGUGAAGAAUGUACCGGACCACCAGACAGAGGAGGAAAUGGACACAUCGGCAUCUUCUUCUACCGCAGCUGUAGAGAAAAAACCUAAAGUUCAAAGACCAAAAAAGCCACGAGAAGAAGGGGCUCGAGGUCGAGGUAGGCCAAGGAAGGUGAAGGUUGAAGAAAAAAAAGACUCUGCUUCAGAGGUAAGUGAUGAGGAAACAGAGACAGACGAGGAGGUGACAGCUGAUGAAGAUUCUCAACAACAACAACAACAACAAAAUACCCCAUCCCAAUCUACAUCACACACUCAACAACCACCUCAGCUUAAGGGAAGUGGUAUAUUACCCCAAGAACAGGGUGGUCAAAUGCUACCCACUGGACAAAGUGGUCAAAUGUUACCCCAAGGUCAGAGUAGUACUCAAAUGUUGCAAGGUAGUUCUCAAAUGUUAUAUCAAGGACAAAGUAGCAAUCAGAUGUUGCAUCAAGGACUGAUAAAUGCUCCAGGAGGGCAUCAAGGACCUUACGGUUCUGAAAUGUCCCAACAAGCACGAUAUAGUGCAGAAAAUUUAUCCCAGGGAACUUCCUUGUGUCCUGAACAGCAACAGGGCUCUAUGAUGAGUAAACCCCAAGCACAGACUUCAUCCUUACCUCUUGUUCAAAGCACAGCUGGACCUGAAGCCCAGGUCCAACCAUCUCCAGGAAUACCUGAUAAACAGGAGGAAGUAUCACAUUUGCCAUAUCCUGUUCAUUCUCAGAGCCAGCAUAGAAUGCCACAAGGAUUCCCUCCACAAACAAAUAUUUCAAUGCAUAAUAUGAUAUAUCCACAGUAUCCUUUUAUGCCAGGUGGACAACCUAUGCCAUAUAUACAUCCACAAUCUGCUGUUGGUACAAUACCUCCAAACACUGGUACGAAUCCUGUACCACAGUCUACAGGAUCAAUACCACCACAAUUUAUACCAGGUCAUCCAGCCUAUAUGAUGCCACAUAUGGCACAAAAUGGCCCCAUGCACCUAGGAGGUCCACCUGGCAUGGGACCAGGAAUGCCAGUAGGUCCACCACCACCCCUUGUUCCAAUAAGUACACUGAAGAAGAGUCAAGGUGGUGAUGGCGAUGCCAAUGUUCCACUAGAUAUGUCUUUGUCAGGGAAAUCAAGAUCUCAGACCUCAACUGUACCAAACCCACCAUCUUUGUCUCAGAUCCCCACACCUCGAGGUAUGCUUCCCCUCCCCGGCCCUGCAUUCAUGCCACCUCAACAUGAGAUGCCUCCUGUACCCUACUCACAAAGUUUUCCACAAUGGAGAAUGAAUAGUGAAAUUAAUCAAAACAUUCAGGAGACUGGUUACAGAUCUCAAAUAUCGGGACCACCGCCUUUAGUUAGUUCAGCCGUUACACAGUCUGUUGUUGCUGUGACAGAAAAUGGCAAGCAUAAACAGAAUAAUAACUCAGCAGGAAUUGUUGCAAAAAAGUCAAAACAGAAAAACACUUCAGAAAAUCCAGGGGAGGAGAAAAGUGUAUCAUUUCCAAGUCUUGCGAACAUCAUGAAUAUGAAACCAGUGAAAACUGAUGAGAGUGAAGCUGAUGAUGAUUAUGAUACUUGAUAUUGUUGUAUGAAAACAUCUGCAGAUCUGAAUGCUGGAUAUAAGUGCUAUUGUUUUAGAAGUGUAUAAACUCUGUUUGCAUGAUAAAUAUGUUUAUAUAUCCCCAUCAAGGGUUAUAUAAUAGUGAUGGUGUGAAUGGCUGUACAUUUGGAUUGUCUGUCGGAAAUAUUUUGUCUAUAAUUAUCAAAAAGUAGAUUAGUAAUUGACUUAAAUUUAAAUAUUGAUAGAUUCGAACUUAGGAGGGGUGCACUUUUCUAGAGUUGUAAUCCUAGUUUUUGAAUUAUCUCUCUUAGAUUGAGUAAAAUUUUUAAAUUCUGAUUCAAAAACUAGCCCCUGGAUUAACCAAAAACAUAAAAAAAUGAUGAAAGCAAAUUAGGAAAUUAUAAUAUUAAACUUUGUUAAGAAAUUACUUUGAAAUGUGUGAGUUUAAUUGACUUAAAUCUAUAGAUUUGACAAGGAGAACUGCAGUGCUCAAGGACUAGGUAUAUUUUUCCAAAAUAUGCAAAGAUAAAAUUAUACAGUUUCAAUUGUUUUGAAUGUUAUGUUGUUCAACAGAAACAAAGUGAAUAGAUCUAUGUACUUAUAACACAGAUAAGGUAUUUAUUUGAUUUGCUGUAUAUCAAAUUUUCUCCCACCUAAUUGUUGAUGUUAAGAAAGUCAUGUUAGAUAGAUUAUUUUGUCCAGCUUUGUCCAUAAUUUAUGAGCUUGAUUUUGAAUAUAGUUUUAUUCUAGUUUAACCUUGAGUGGUUAUAUAGUGUUCCUGUUGUUAUUGUUUUCUUUCUUUCAUUGUAUGAAGCAUCAGUACUUAGUAUAUGGAUUGGAUGUCAGAAAAGUCCAGCUCUUUUGAUUCAUCAUUAGGUGUAAUCUUUAAGCAUUGAUUAAGAAAAAGGGCAGGGAAACUGCCUUGAGUCAUGUUACCUGUUACCCUAUGUCCUAUGUUUCAAUUUGAAACAAUGCAAAAGAUAGAGUUUAAAAUUACAAGAUAGUUAAACAUUCUAUAUUGUCACUGGUAAUGUGUAACACUUUCUUAUGAAAAAUUUCAAAUUGGGAAAAAUUUGAUGUAUGACAUGACAUUAUUGAAAAUUAAACUGUAUCCCUUGCAUUGUGUCAAAAAUGCCUUCCACAGAAUUCUAAAACACUUGAGCAAAUGUGACAUAAUAUAUCUAGACUAGAUACUGUUAUGAUUCUAAUAUACUGCACUAGCAAUCUAUCUACAUUUAAUGUCUCAAGUUUGUGCUGUUAUUUUAUAUUGUUGUGAACUGCUGUGUUCAUGUAUAAUAUACAUUGUGUAUAUACAUGUUCUUGUUAAUUUACCACCUCCAGUCUGGUUUCUUCUAUGUACAAGGUUUAUACUGUACAAGGUUUAUACUUGGACAGGUUGUUAUUAAUAAGAUUAAAAUAAAACAAUGCUAGAUUCUAUUGAAGAUAGGCAUCUUUUGGGAAAAAAACAUGAAAGUAAAAGGGUGGGAGAAUUCUCACUAGCAUGUUUCUUAUCCAUAAUUUGAAACUAAUACUGACAAUAUAUGUACAUUUAUUACACUGUUGGAAUUUUGACAACACUUUAAAGAGAAAGACUGUAUGAAAUUAAAUUGAUUCUCAAGAGCUGAAAAUUUUGGAAGGUAAAAAAAAUUACGCUUCAGUUGGAUUGAAGUUGGGAUUAUACAAUAGACUGAAGUCAGUAAUGUAAAAUAAUUGAAAUGUAAAACAAGUGCUAUAUUGUAUAUAGAAAGAACAGUGAUGCAUAAUACUAUAAUCAGUUGGCAUGUUUUAGAACAAAUUAUACUCUAGCUGUUUAGUGUACACUAUAGAAUGUUCCUAGUUUAGACACAAAUGAGUUAUUAAUUAAUCAAACUAUUGAUUGUUCUUCAAGCAUGUCACUUGUUAUUUUGUGAGAUUACCAUAAUGAUACAGAUUAUUGCUGAUUAUUUUACGUCUUUGAUUUCUUAUUUUUUUGCUUAUGAUUAUCAUAAAAUGUUUAAGUUUGAUAAAUUAAUGUUAUAAGCUCAUAUUUGUCAAGUGACGAGAGCUUUGAUAAAGUAGCAUCAGUUAUUGUUAGUUUUUCCUUUGGAUAUAUUUGUUAUAUAUUAUGAUUGUAUUGUAUGCACCUAUCAGUGUUUUGUUACAGGGGAGAGAUAGUGACAGGCAUACCAUUAUUGACAUCAAGGAAUUUUAAUCUCAUCAUGGGAAAUGGACACAAAUUUUUUAUUCUGCCUCAGUGUGAAAUUGAUGGGUAAAUCAUCUCCCAAUAUGGAAAUUUGAUAGUAUACAGACAUUUGUUCCACUCACAGGACAUUUGACAGAUUUCAUGAUUUUCUAAUGUCAGAGUUACAUAUGUUAGCCUGCUGUCCCACCUCUAAGGCAAAAUAUUGAUAGGUGCAUUUUAGGAAAACCCUAAGAUAUUGUUUUAUGUAAAGCAUUGUUGAAUGAAGAAAACUAUUAUUUUUAUACAGUGUUUGUAAAAAAGAAGUUUCUCUAACUGCUUAUAUUUGUUACAAUUUGUUAGCAUUAGUUAAAAAAUUGCCUUCUAGAAUAUUUUCUAUGAAAAUUUUAAGUUUUAAUUGAUUCAUGUGAUUCUGUUGAUAGUUUUUGUUCAUUUUGUUAUUCUUCUCAUCAUAAUGAUAGUUAUCUGAUUUAAGUCAAGCAAUUUUGAAAAAGCACCUGUCACCAUUCUAUUAAGUAAGAAAUAAAAGUCAAUUUUAAAUAUACAUGUAUGCUCAGAAUUGACCAAUGUCAAAUGAUUGUUAACAUCACAAAGUCUUGGUUGUUUUGUAAGUAUGCAGGUUCCUCAGACAGUGUAGCUUCCAAGUCCAAUAAAUCUUGCUUAUAUUUGGUGUCUCCCAGACCAAAAACUGGCUUGCUUACAUUUGGGUCCUCCCAGGCCAAUAACUGACUUGCUUACAUUUGGUUCAUGAGUAAAUUUGGUUCCUCACAGGCCAAUAACUUGCUUGCUUGCAUUUGGUUUCUCCCAGUCCAAUAACUUACUUGGUACAUUUGAAUCCUCCCAGCUCAUUAACUUGCUUGCUUACAUUUGUUUUCUCCAAGGCCAAUCACUCCCUCCCUUGUCUACAUUUGGUUCCUCCCAGGCCAAUAACUUACUUGCUUACAUUUGAUUUCUCACAGGCCAAUAACUCCCUUGUCUACAUUUGGUUCCUCCCAGGCCAAUAUCUUACUUGCUUACAUUUGGUUUCUCAAAGGCCAAUAACUUUCUUGUCUACAUUUGGUUCCUCACAAGCCAAUAACUUACUUGCUUAAAUUUGGUUUCUCAUAGGCCAAUAACUCCCUUGUCUACAUUUGGAUCCUCCCAGGCCAAUAACUUACUUGCUUACAUUUGUUUUCUCCCAGGCAAAUAACUCCCUUGUCUACAUUUGGUUCCUCCCAGGCCAAUAACUUACUUGUUUACAUUUGGUUCCUCCCAGGCCAAUAACUUACUUGUUUACAUUUGGUUAGUCACAUGCCAAUAAAUUAAUUGCUUACAUUUGGUUUCUGCCAGGCCAAUAACUUAAUUGCUUACAUUUGGUUUCUCAAAGGCCAAUAACUUUCUUGUCUACAUUUGGUUCCUCACACAGGCCAAUAACUCCCUUGUCUACAUUUGGUUCCUCCCAGGCCAAUAACUUACUUGCUUACAUUUGUUUUCUCCCAGGCCAAUAACUCCCUUGUCUACAUUUGGUUCCUCCCAGGCCAAUAACUUACUUGUUUACAUUUGGUUCCUCCCAGGCCAAUAACUUACUUGUUUACAUUUGGUUAGUCACAUGCCAAUAAAUUAAUUGCUUUCAUUUGGUUUCUGCCAGGCCAAUAACUUAAUUGCUUACAUAUGGUUUCUCCCAGGCCAAUAACUUACUUAUAUAUAACAAGACAGCUCUUCUUGAAUUUUACACAUAUAAUUUUGUUUUCAGUUAUAGUGGUUCUAUAAUUGGCAUUUCAUGUUGUUGGUGAUUUUAUAUAUUGUGCUUACUAUGCCUCUAAUAGAUUCAUACUUGAGAUGAUGGAGAAAUAUACAUGUAGUUACAACCAAAGUGAAUGAUUUAUUUCUGAAAUUUGGAAAUGGCUGCGUAAAUGUCUUUUUCUAGUAUUGCUGUUAGAAACAAUAUGUUUUGAAAACUUGAUGAGCUAAAAAUGAACAAGUAAUUAAUUGUACAAAAUUAUUGUAAUUAUUCAUAUGAAGGUAAAAUCCACCUGAAAAGCUCAAUUGAGGAAGUGUCAGGUCCACUGACCUUGUUUGAGCCCUGGUGAAACAUGUUGUUCUGUGGGUUUUUAGCUCACCUGUCACAAAGUGACAUGGUGAGCUUUUGUGAUCGCUUUUCGUCCGGCGUCCGGCCGUCAUCCGUCCGUCCAUCUUCUAAUGAAUGUCUACCAAGUUUGUUCAAAUAAAAGCCCUGGGGUCAAAAUUGGCCCCGCCCCAGGGGGUCAUUGAUUUUCCCUAUAUGCAUAUAGUAAAAACUUAAAAAAUCUUCUUUUAAAGAACCCAAAGAGCUAGAGCUAUGAUAUUUAGCAUGAAACAUCUUAUAAUGAGUGUCUACCAAGUUUGUUCAAAUAAAAGCCCUUGGGUCAAAAUAGGCUCCGCCCCAGGGGGUCAUUGAUUUUCCCUAUAUGCAUAUAGUAAAAACUUUAAAUUUUUUUUUAAAAAGAACUCAAAGAGCUACAGCUAAGAUAUUUAGCAUGAAACAUGUUCUAAUGGGUGUCUACCAAGUUUGUUCAAAUGAAAGCCCUGGGGUCAAAAUUGGCCCCGCCCCGGGGGUCAUUGAUUUUCCUUAUUUGUGUAUAGCAAAAACUUAAAAAUCUUCUUUGAAAAAACCGAAAUAGCUAGAGUUUAGAUUUUAAGCAUGAAACAUCUUCUAGUAAGUGUCAAAAAAAAAGUUUUUCAAAUAAAAGCCCUGGGGUCAAAACUGGCCCCGCUCCAGGGGUGUCAUUGUUUUUAACUAAUUAUGUGUAUAGUAAAAACUUAAAAAAAUCUUCUUUUAAAAAAUCCAAUGAGCUAGAGCUUAGAUGUUUAGCAUGAAACAUCUUCUUAUGGGUGUCUACCAAGUUUGUUCAAGUAAAAGCCCUUGGGUUAAAAUUGGCCCUGAUUGGGGGGGGGGGGGAUAUUAUUGUUUUUCAUUAUAUGUGUGUUGUAAAAACUUAACAUCAUGAAACAUCUUCUAAUGGGUGUCUUCCAAGUUUGUUUAAAUAGAAGCCCUGGGGUUUAAAGUGGCCCAGCUCCUGGGGCCUAUAUACAGGUGAGCGACCUCAGGGCCAUCAUGGACCUCUUGUUUUUGGUUGAGAACAUUAUGCCUGACUUUAUGAAGAUAUUUGCUUAAAUUACAUGACAUAGCUUGUUUUCAAUGUACUGUAACCAUUACAUAGUUCUUCAUAUAAUACACUUGUAAUAAAGUGUUGGUUGUAAAAUGUGAAAACAAGUUUAUGUUUAUUAAUGUCAAUGCGUUUAGUCAACAAAAAGAAUCUCACAUCCGUUGUCAUGUAAAAUCUUAUUAAACUUGUCCAAGAAAACGUUAUAAAGCUUGCCAUAGGCUUGCUUUAUUACAAUUUCUUAAAUUUUUUUAAUAAUUUUUUUUUUACUACAUUGUCAUUCAAGAUCCCAUAUACAUGUAUAUUUGCUGAAAUACAGAAUUGAGCAACAUUUCAUUAUGUAACUGCCUUUUAAUAUAAUUAUUAUAUUAUAUUAUUAAUACUGUUAAAAUUGUCACAAAAUUCACUUAGGCAUACAUAUUCCUAAGGUAAAACUUUGCUGGUCUCUGUUUAAUCAAACUUGAAUGAGCAUUUAAGCAAUGUACUACCUGAAGCAUCAAAAAGUCUUAUCUUCUUUUUGCUUCUAUUAUAAUAUUGUACAUAAAAAGUGGCCAAAUUUGCUAGAUUUAAAUGCUGAAAGGAAUACCAGUUGUUCUAUGUUGAAUGAUGCUAUGUAUAGUAUAGAAGAACUCACAGUGUUUGACAAAUAAUUCUCAUGUUGUUGAUACAUGUAUGUAAAAACUUGUUACUUUGUUAAAAGAUGCAAUAAAAUCAUAUAAAAUUA